AUGCGUGUCAGCACUCUUGUUUCAUCAGUACUUGCAACCUGCACCUUUGCCUCAAAUGUGAUCAAGGUUGAUGACGUGCAGUAUUAUGUUCCCUCUAAGGUUGAGUUGAUGUAUAAUUUUAACGCCAUUGAGCCAUUUCCGAUCACAGUGGUAACUUUACUUGAUCAAUGCAACAUUUCUGCUUGGCUUAACAACACUAUCUCUGACUUUCUGCUUCGAGAUGAUGUUUAUAUUCGGGAAUUUUCCACAGCGUUUUACUUGCAAGGUAUCAAGAGUGCUUACUUCGAUGUCAAUGCUGAAUCUCUACUUGAGGCCUUUGGAACUAACAACAUCUUUUGGGCCUCUCCCCAAAACGGUUCUAUACUUCCUGAUGGUCCGUAUUUUGCCACAGUCUCUGGGCUGCACCAAGCCUGGCGACUUUACGACGACCAUACAAACUCUUUCGUAUUACCGACUAUACCGUUUGUUAAUGACAGAGAUACAUAUGAGGUGCUCCCUGUCAAAGAUACGAACCCACUUGGCUCCAUGUCUAUCGCGGUGCCAUCUAGACUUUACUAUAAGCCUACGCCUGAACAGCCUCUUGCUGGCUACCGUGUCGCUGUGAAGGAUCAGUACGCCAUAAAGGGGCUCAUCACAACCUUUGGAAGUCGGUCAUACGCAAAGAUGUAUCCCCCUUCUAAUGUCACUUCCCAAGUUAUUCAGAAUCUUAUCGACUUGGGGGCCAUAAUCGUGGGCAAAACAAAGUUAUCACUUUUCGCCAGCCCACUGUUCACCGUCGCGCAGUGGCCCGAUUACUCUUUGCCAUUCAAUCCCCGUGGCGACUCCCACCUCAUUCCCGGGGCCUCUUCUGCUGGCUCGGGUGCUGCCAUAGCUGCGUACGAUUGGCUUGACUAUAGUAUUGGAGAGGAUACAGGAGGUUCCAUGCGCUUCCCUGCUGCUAUGAACGGUGUCUACGGGAUCCGUUCCACCAAGAAUAGCACCAAUAAUACUGCCACACAAUUUGGACCUUUUGAUGUCGCCGGCCAUUUUGCUCGUGAUGUCGACGCUUUCAAUCAUCUCGGUGGUGUUAUGUACUCCGAUCCCGGGAUCAAGAACUACACCAGGUUCCCCAAGAGGAUCCUCUUCCCUCAGGAGUACUGGGAAAACAUCAAUCCCGACUACGCCACAGCUUGCAACGACUACGUCAAGGAAUUGGAACAUUUUCUUGGAGUAAAACGUACUGUUAUUGACACAAAUUCUCUUUGGCAACGUCACUCAAAGCAAAACAUCAGCUUGGCUGGUUAUUUUGCGAACGUCAUUCCCUAUGUCUCAGGAACCAAUGAUUUUAUGGUUAAUUUCAGGAAGGACUACUUCGAACAAUUCGAAAGCUUCCCGUACGUGGCAGUGGACAAGCCGAGCAGCUCCUCUUUGAAACCCCAGAACGCCACAUUGGGGCAGAUGGGUCUCUCCCUGCAGGCCGAGUUCCAAAAGUUCUACCGGACGUCUGUCUUGGUGCCAGACAAGGAAACAUGCUCCGAGGCCAUCGUAGUGUUUCCCUUCAAUGGCAAUGGUGGCGUUCCAUGGUAUCGGGAUACGAACAUCUCCUAUUCCCAGGACGGCUACGCUCCGGCAUUACCUGGUUAUAUCAGCUGGAAUUUGCUCUCGGUCAUGAAUGAAAGCCCUGAGGUGACUGUUCCUGUUGGGGCUAUCAGAUACCAGAGCAAGAUUUCCCUGGUGGAAGAAGAGUAUCCGGCUGCAUUGGAGAUUCAAGGUGCUAGUGGCUGUGAUAAGAUGCUUUUGAACCUGAUCCGCGAAGUUACCUACGCCCAGGGACUACCGAAAGCUGUCAAAACAGGAAGCAAGAUGUAUUAG